UCAGGAAUGUAAACUAUUCAACAUGGAGACAGUUGAUAAGCUGGAGGCGAUGGCUUUUUGUUGACAUUAUUUACAUGCAAAUGGACCAGCCUGAAUGCAUACCGUCUGUCCAGUGCCCCUUUUAUAUUGUACUACUGAUAACUCCGUUAUUAAAGCAGUGCAAUGUUAAAAGGGCAUUGGCCAGGGAUUUUUCUCAAAGUUCCAGAAAACAGAGGCUGAUAUAGAAUAUGUGGAAAAGCGGCUGAAAUUUGACUUCAUGGCCAAUGCGCGAGAAGCAGGGACAGUUGAGGGAAACCCUCUUCAGUUGCUGGAGAACUUGUCGGCAAUCAAAGCACGGCAUGCAGCCCUGUGCGCACAGGUGGAGGAGAUCGAGAUGGAACAGAAACGAUCCAUGGACUCAAUACGAGCUCACCUGGACACCACAGUGCGGAUGGUUAACCAGCUACAGAGCACAGCAGAUGUGCAGGUUCCACCACUGACCGAAGAAGAGCAAGAAGCAAGAGAUGUUCUCUGCUCAUCCCUUUCUGCGUUAAAUGUAGAGGCCAUGCUGACAGAAGAGCCUCAAACUCAAGCACAGUCUGAAUCACAGAAUAUGUGUGAAGAGGUGUCUGAGGGGACAUUUGAGACUGUCCCACGUAGUGUACGUAGUAACUUGAAACUGAAUGACCUCAAUACGUUCUAUAAGCAGUUAUCCGAGCACUUCUCAGAUAAGAACAGAGGGCCAAUAAGCACUCAGAGGAUGAAGAAGCUGAAGAUGAAAGUCAGUGAUUCUGCAUUGAAGACCUUACAGCACCUUAAACUCAUUGAGCUGGAUAAAAAAGGACUUGUGUCAUUGCUGGCAAAAGACUGAGAAACAGGGAUGCAAAUAAGACACACAAACCCCACCAAAACAUGUAAAUCCUCCAGUUCCUUCCACCAGUGUUGUAAAGUAAAACCCUUCUUACACUUUGAUUGGAUCAGCAAUUUAGAACAGGACUGACAGUGGACUUGAAAACAUUUCAAAAACAUUGCUGUCUGCUCAAGAACUCCUCUGAUAAAAAAUAGAGUAAUGAAAUGACUUUUUCAACCAGGAAAACCAGCAGGAUUUUAAAAACGAGUUUUAAUUAGUAAUUCAUCUGUAAAAGGUUUCAUUUCUGUUGGUAAUAUCUAUACUGCUAAUAUAAGCAAUAGGAUAUACACUA